GUUUUGAGUUUGAGAAUGAAUCAGUACGAGAAAACGUGCGCCAAAGCUACUUUCCAUAAAUAUGCAAGGAAUCGACGGAUGUAAACUAUCCUCGAGACAUGGCCCCAGAUUCUCACACAUCAACUCGUCCGGUUGCGGAAACUGUUUUGCUAAUAUCCAUUGUUGGACGUUUUGAGUACGCAGGAACCCUAACCCCGCGGUUGCUCAGUGCAGAUUUAAUUGAAGUCCAGGAUCUCGAAUCUCCCACUGAAAAUGAAUCAGGAGAAUGAAACGUCUCACAAAUUUUCUACACAUGAGAAGAGGAGUGGAAGUCCUAUAAUUGCUGCUAUAGAAAAUCGAGAUGCCAAGAGGCGGUCGAUUGGACUGGCAGAGGAUUCUUCAACCAUGCUUGCUGAAUCUUCUGAGUUUACAAAGCUUGAUCCUCCUCCUACUUGUGCCUUGGACCCGAGCGAAAGUCCGGCUCCUAGAAUUCCCCAAACAAAACAACAACUGAAAGACAUGGGUUCAAUACUUGCAUGUGUGGAUGUUGAUGAUCACGGGUUGGAGAGCUUUAUUUAUUACAUUACUAGUGUGAAUGAUACAAAAGCUGCAGAGGAUGUGCUGAUAGCUUCAGGAUAUGAAAAGGGCUCUAAAGAGUAUAUGGUGCGAUAUAAUUCGUUGAUGCUGAAUCAACGGUCAUACGGACUUACUGUGAAAAGAAAGAACCUUGAUAUUAGCGGGGGCGUGCGUGUGGAAGCUGUAUUGAAUGAAGAUGGCAGAUAUGUACUUGGUAAGGUGCAAAAGCACCGGAUGGGUUAAUGGUGUUGUGUUCUGAAAUUGAAGUGAUUAUGAUUUAUGAAUGACUAUUGAUGGGGUUGCUGAUAUGAAUGUGGCGGCUUUGCUUAAUGAAAGUGAGGGAUGAGUGGAAUAUGGAGAGAGUCAAUACAAUUUUUUCGGCAGAAGAUAAGAGGGCUAUCCUUUCUAUUCCGAUUAGCUACAGGAAAAUUCGAAUAAGAUCUGGUGGAAUGAAGAUAAUAGAGGGACCGGAUGUCACAAAUACCUCCAAAAAUGAAGUGCUUUGCAUGGUAGCUAAUGACCGAAUGUUUACCCACAACUAAUAAUCUCCGUCGACGAAGGAUGGAGAUGGAUAGUAACUGUAGGCUCUGUGAGGAGGAGGCGGAUGAGACUUAAGAGCAUCUUUUCCGCCAUUACAAGGCGGAUACGGUGUAGCAAAAGUUGGACGCCCACUUCGUCCGACAAGCAGACGACUUUACUAUUUUUGUUGUUGUUGAUAUUUGUAUUGUGAUGAUUUAUGUAUUUUUAUUGUCAAUCUGUGGAGCUUAUGGAAGUGACACAAUGAUAAGAGUUGGAAGAAUUAAGAUGGUGACUGACAACAAUGUGAUAGGCUUGUCGGUUAUACGUGGUUGGAAGGUAGCUCAGGUGGCAGUAGGAGUUGAGGCAACUGGAGGGUAGAAAGACAAAGAUUAGGCUGGAAAAAGCCGACUCCAGGUACUAUUAAAAUAAAUGUGGAUGCGGCUCUUGCUUUAAAUCGCAAUAGGUGAGUAUGGGCAUGGGUAACUUGACAUGAGCAUGGCAAUUUUUUAAAAAUUGGAUGGCAUGCGGAAGAGGCAAGUUGGUCUGCAGGGGUCACAAUGGCUAUCGGCGUUCCUGAUACUAUAGCCUGGGCAAGGACACAUGAAUGGAAGAGUGUCAAGCUAGAAAGAGACUCACUAGCGGUGGCAUCAGAAAUGAUGGAUCGUGAUGGAGACUCAUAUUUGAUACAUUAUCAGAAAUGGUGGAUCGUGAUGGGGACUCAUAUAAACAAUAUAAUAACCAUCCGACAUACAAAGAGCAGCUUAGCUAAUUUAUGAGCUACCAUAUUUGCGGAUAUCCUACAAUGCAUGACUUCUACCGUCGCUUCAUGUCGAAGACUAAGUCUUACUCCCUCCGUCCCUUAAAACUUUGCCAAAGUUGAUCGGCACGGAGAAUAAUAAAUUUAAAAUUGUGGGGUUGAGAUUUGUGUAGAUGAGAGAGAAGUAACAGAAAUAACCAAAUAAUUGAUUAAAAGAGAAAGCGACAAAGUUUGUUGGGACGUCCCAAAAAAGAAAGAUGACAAAGUUUUGAGGGGCGGAGGGAGUAAGACUUAGUCUUCAACAUGAAGCGACGAUAGAAGUCAUGCGGCAUUGUUGGAGAUCCACAAAUAUGGUAGCUCAUAAAUUAGCUAAGUUGCUCUUUCUAUGUCGGAUGGUUAUUAUAUUGUUUAUAAUCCUCCAGAUUGUAUCGUCUCUCAGCUAUACACCGAAAGUUUGAAUUAAUUAAUGAUAUACGUAGUAUCGGUUUUCUUUUUUUAAAAAGGAAAAAGUGAAAAUAAUAAUCCCA